GGUAACCGGAAGUGUCAUGGCGUUCCUUCCAGUUGCCGUGAGCUGCGGGCAAACAAUGAGGAGGUGUGCGGAAACUGUGAACUUAACUCAGCAAGCAUCUUCAAGGUUGUCUGUAAUCCAUCAUCACUAAUCUGGAUGCAGAAACUCUUUAUGUUCUUGGCUCAUAAGACUAUUUACCUAGGGCUGCAACCUCUCGGACAAUUUGUCAGGUGUCAUCUUCUGUGGAAAGUGUGUAGAGCUCAUUCCAUCUCUUUAUGCUUCCAAGUUGUGCCUCCAUUUAGACACAAGUCUCAUUCUUUGAGGGAAAGUCGCCAUUUUCUCUUGGGGCACAGUAAACACAGACUCAUCCAAGACGUCCCUCACAGGCUUUCCCAGCGUCAUUGUUUCUCUGACCAGCCAGACAUGGCAGACCAGAGGUUCCUUGUGGAGUACGCCAAGCGCGGCACCGCGGGGUGUAAGAAAUGCAAGGACAAGAUCCAGAAGGGCAUAGUGCGCAUCGGGAAGAUUGUGCCAAACCCUUUCAGCGAGUCUGCAGGGGAGAUGAAAGAGUGGUAUCAUGUGAAGUGUAUAUUUGAGAAGCUGGAGAGGGCAAGGGCCACCACCAAGAAGAUUGAGGACAUCACAGAUCUGGAGGGCUGGGAAGAGCUGCAGGAUGAGGACAAAGAACUCAUAAAUAAACAUGUUUCAGACCUGAUGACCAAAGUCAACGCAAGUCCAAAAAAGAAAGUGCAGGCCAAGCUAAACACCAGUGGGCAGCUCAUGUCUCCUCCUGGUGACCCGUCCACAAACGCCCCGCGCAAGUUCUCAGGCUUCACUGCUGCGAAGGCUGGGAGCUCCAGCAGCCCGGGACCUUCCUCCUCCCCGGCCAAAGCCAGCCAGGGCAGCCCCCUGUCAGCCCAGCUCUGUGACCGGAAGCACAAGGACUGCCUCUUCCGAGAGUUUCGCAAGCUGUGCGCCAUGGUGGCCGACAAGAACAGCUACAACGUCAAGACGCAGAUCAUCGAGACCUUCCUGAAGAAAGGCUCCGGGGGAGAUAAGUUCCACGGAGAUCUUUACCUCACGGUGAAGCUGCUGCUGCCGGGCGUGGUGAAGAGCGUCUACAACCUCAACGACAAACAGAUCGUCAAACUUUUCAGCCGCAUCUUUAAGUGCAACCAGGACGCCAUGGUGCGAGAUCUGGACCAGGGGGAUGUGUCUGAGACGGUGAGGAUGUUCUUCGAAGAGAGUAAAUCAUUUCCCCCGGCUACGAAGAGCCUCCUGACCAUUCAGGAGGUGGACGCAUCGCUGACCUCCCUGGCCCAGCUGACCAAGGAGGACGACCAGCAGAAGGAGCUGGAGGAUAUCGCCAAAAAAUGCACCAGCAAUGACCUGAAAUGUAUCAUUCGUCUUAUCAAGCAUGACUUGAAGAUGAAUGCCGGAGCAAAGCACGUCUUGGAUGCUGUGGAUCCAAAUGCUUACGAUGCCUUCAAGGCCUCUCGUAACCUGGGCGACGUGAUCGAGCGGGUGUUGAGGAACCAGCAGGAGGCGUCCAACGGCUCCGGGCCCAGGAAGCUCCUCACUGUUGAGGCCUCGCUCAUGACCCCCGUCCAGCCCAUGCUGGCAGAGGCAUGUAAGUCCAUCGAGCACGCCAUGAAGAAAUGCCCCAACGGGAUGUAUUCUGAGAUAAAGUACGACGGAGAGCGCGUGCAGGUCCACAAGAACGGAGACACCUUCAGCUACUUCAGCCGCAGCCUGAAGCCGGUGCUACCUCACAAAGUGGUUCAUUUUAAAGAAUACAUCCCCCAGGCUUUUCCCGGCGGCCACAGUAUGAUAUUGGACGCUGAAGUCCUCCUCAUCGACACCAAGACCAGCAAACCCCUGCCCUUUGGAACCCUGGGUGUUCACAAGAAAGCAGCCUUCCAAGAUGCCAACGUGUGCCUUUUCGUCUUUGACUGCAUCUACUUCAACGGCGUGAGUCUCAUGGAGAGGCCGCUGUGUGAACGCAGGAAGUUUCUGCAUGACAACAUGGUCGAAGUCCCCAACAGGAUCCUGUUCUCAGAAAUGAAGCACGUCACUAGGGGUGCAGACCUGGCUAACAUGAUCACCCGGGUGAUUAGGGAGGGACUCGAAGGCCUGGUGCUGAAAGACAUCAAGGGCACCUAUGAACCAGGGAAGCGUCACUGGCUGAAGGUGAAGAAGGACUACCUGAACGAAGGGGCGAUGGCCGACACAGCGGACCUGGUGGUGCUGGGAGCUUUCUUCGGAAAAGGCUCCAACGGAGGCAUCAUGUCCAGUUUUCUAAUGGGCUGUUACGACCCCGACUCCAAGAAGUGGUGCACAGUCACCAAGUGCUCCGGAGGCUACGAUGACGCCACGCUGGCCCGGCUCCAGAACGAGCUGGACGUGAUCAAAAUCAGCAAGGAGCCGAGCAAAAUCCCCGGCUGGUUGAAAAUCAUCAAGAACUAUUAUCCAGAUUUCAUUAUCCGCGAUCCUGAGACAGCACCGGUGUGGGAGAUCACAGGUGCCGAGUUCUCCAAGUCGGAGAUGCACACAGCUGACGGCAUCUCCAUCCGCUUUCCCCGCAUGACCCGUAUCCGUGACGACAAGGACUGGAAGAGCGCCACCAACCUGCACCAGCUCAGAGAGCUGUACCGCCUGUCCAAGGAGAACAGCGACUUUCAGGUGACAGCCGGGCCGUCCAAAUCAAACGAUGACAGGGGCUCAUCAGGGGGGGACAGCGGGGGAAACUCCCCGUCCUCCUCCUCCCAUGGAAGUGCCACGCCCAAGAAGACCAGCAACAGCAGCACGCCCAAACCAAAGGCGGUGAAAUCCGAACCUCGCUCUCCUCUCCCAGGAGGACCCAGUGCAAAGAAGGUGAAGAAAUGUGAAAGUGUUCACAGCAAUGGACAAACCAAGCCCAAGGCAAGCUCUCAUGUGUUGGAGCCGAGCAGUGACAAGACGCUGCUGGACAUCUUCAGCGGGGUGAAGCUCUUCCUGCCCAGCUCCGUCGAGGACUUUAACAAACUGAAACGAUACUUCGUGGCGUACGACGGAGACCUCGUACCGGACUACGACGCCGCCUCGGCCACGCACACGCUGGCCGAGCCCGAAGACGACAGCCAGGCCAAGAGAGUGACGCCCAGCUGGAUCUGGGAGUGUAUCCGCAAGAGGCGUGUCGUGCCCCCCUGUUGAUGGGACUCUUCACCUACCCGGCAACACAAAAAAAAACUACUUUUUAUAUGCUGCAUUAUGAACCAAUGCAUACUAGUAUAACUAACACACGUGUGUUAUUCUAAAUACACGCUCAGCUAUAUGAACUUGGCUGGGUGUUGUGGUGCAAACACACAUCAGACUUCUGAACUCUGAUCAGGCUUUGGUAAGAUAACACUUCCCACACUUUGGGAUCAGGAUAGACUCUGUGCACAUGGUCAGCUACACUAUGUUUUCAGCCACUGAUACUUUUAUUUAUUGGUUUCAAGCCCUGUUUGAUGUGUGGACUUGCAAACCAAGACGGUUUACAUUUCAUGUUUUUGGUUUGUGCAGCGAUCAUCAUGUAAAUGACGUAGAUGUCACGGCUUCAUAAUCAUGAAUUGUUUUUUUUUUUGUUUUUGUUUUUUUUGAACAGGAGCACAUCACAACUGAAUGUGUUGCAGAGGUAGAGUUUGUGUGUGUCUAGUAGAAAUUGAGGUAAAGUCAAAUAUAGUUAAUGCAAGUAGACGUGUUUGUACAGCAGGAGACAUUUCACAAAGAGAUGUUCCAGAGCGGUACAAAUCACAGAACUGGGAAAAUGAGUAGGUAGUCUAAAUGAGAGAAUUGUUUUCUCCCUUUUUGCGUUCUUCUGUUUUUACUGCCAGAUUGAAAAUUGAUCCAAGACAUUUUUUUACCCCAGUGCAAGGACUGAAGCAAUGUGCAGUCGAAAAUAUUGGAAACACUGAUGAGGAUAAUAAACAAUUCUCAGUAAUGUCA